AUGGCAAAGCUCCCAACAUUUUUGCCAUUCUUUAGUUUUACCACCACAAUCCUUACACUAGCAAACAUACCUCUUGUCUACCCCAAUGGCUUGACAAUAGAACUCAUACAUCCACACUCACCCUACUCGCCUUUCUUCCAAACUAACCUCUCUCACGAGCAACGAAUCAAAACGUUAACCUCACAAUCCAAUUACCUCCUCAAUUGGAAGUCCUCAAUCGUGCAUGCGAAUGUCGAGGCACAACGCCUUCUCUACGGCGUAAAAAUCGGGAUCGGAACUUUCAAAUCCGAACCUUCGUACAAAGAGUACUACUUAGACAUGGACACGGGUAGCAGCCUGACGUGGCUCCAAUGCAACGGUUGCAAAAAAUGCUUCAAGCAAACAACGAGCCCAUUUCCCAAAGAGAAGUCUACCACUUUUCGAUCUACGACUCAACAAAACAAGCAAUUAAACUACACGUGCGAGUACGGAGAUGGAGACCGAACGCAAGGCAUUCUUGCCCGAGAGACUUUCCACUUCAAGACAAAGAAAGGUUUGGCGAAACUCGAAAACGUGCAAUUCGGAUGUGGGAUAUACAACGAAAUGCAAUACGGGAAGUAUAAAGAUAAUAAGAUUGUUGGAAUAAUGGGGCUCGGGUGGGGCGACUCGUCUCUCAUAAACCAAUUCGGAACUCAAUUCAAAGGCAAAUUCUCUUAUUGCUUGCCGGUUAUUAUACUUUCGGAAAAAACACCCACCAGCACGUAUCUAACAUUCGGAGAUUACAACUACACGGCCAAUAACAGAAUCGCUAAAAGCACACCGCUUUAUAGAAGGCAAAAACAGUUCUAUUCGGUGGAAAUGCAGGGCAUUAGCAUCGGUAGGACGAGGCUCAAGAUCGACCCACGAGUGUUUGCAUUCAAAAUCGGUACUAUCACAUCGGGCUGCAUAACUGAUGUGGGCACGACUUACUCAAGGAUCAUAAGGCCCGCAUUUGAAAUUUUGAAAAAGGAGUUAGAAAAGUAUUUUUCGAGAUUCAAGGACUCGAAAAAAAUCAAAAGGGACAUCGGACUUGAUUUAUGCUACGAGAGGAGCAAGGCGAAAGGGUUCAAAGAUCUACCGGAAAUUACUUUCCAUUUACAGGGAAAAGCGGACUUUGUUUUGAAGCCUAAGGCUGCAUUUGUGGUUGUAAGUGAAGCUCGAGAAUUCUUUUGUCUGGCAAUGGUUUCGGAUUAUGAGAUGUCCGUUAUUGGAGCUCAUCAACAAACGAAUCAUAGGAUCAUUCAUGAUGUUUAUGAACAAGAAACUGGUUUUCUAUCCAGAGGAUUGGUUAGCUUCCCGAUUGAGGGUUUUGAAUCUAGCUUGAAAAAUUUGUUCAAUCAAAGCGCUAUGAAGAAAGGCGGAGGCACCUCCGUUCGAGAUGGAGAUCGAGGGAAGAAAAUGGGCGGCCAGGAUUUCAUCAAGAACAGGAAGAAGAUGAAGAAGAAUGUGCAGAGGUUGGGCGGCAAAGGCGGCCUGUCGCUCGAAUCAUUUGCGAAUGCUAAGACCAGGAACGACCAGUACAACCCUUCGUUGAUCAAGAAGCAAAGGGAGUUCUAUAAAAAUGCGAAGUAUGUGAAGAAAUAUAAGAAAUCAUUGAAGCAACAUGAGCAACCGAAUAUUCCUUUCACGGAAGAAAGGUCACCGGAGAGUGAAAAUGGGAAAAAGGAACAUAGUCAUGUUAACAACAAGGGCAAGAAGAAUGCACGGAGUCUUGAGGAGUUGUACAAGAAGAAGCGUGAGGAGGAAGAAAAUGCCAGGAAGGAGAGAGAAGCUUUGAUUCAGGCAAAGAGGGAAGAGAGAGAAAGAGCCGAAGCUCAAAGGAAAUCACUCAAGGAGAAAAUGUACAAGAAAACAAGGUCUGGUCAACCUGUGAUGAGAUACAGAAUAGAGCAUCUUUUGGAAACAAUUCAAGGUUCAACAAGUUAAAUGAUUGAACUGAGCUCUCGAGGCUUUCGUGAUGUAACUUGUACGUAAGUUUUCAUUCUGAAAGGCAAAAGGUGCAGUUUUGCUACGAAAUUGUUCUGAGUAAUGGAAGGGGGUUCAUUGCAAAAGAACCCCUGAGAUUUUAUCUAGUUACGAAAAAGACCUACAUUUUUUUUCGAAAUUUAACUUUACCACUACAUUGUGUAUAUAGUAGUUACAGUUUCACAAAUUACAGGCUCAAUUUUACAUAGGUAUUUUUGGAAAAUUAUAAGCCUCUUUGGAUGUAGAUUUAGACAAAGUACAUUUGUAAAGCUCCUCUAGAAGUCUAAUAGCCACAAGAUUACAA